CAGCAGUGCCCACGGAUGCCAAGUGGAGAUUUCCAUGUCCGAGGCUCCCGCCCAAGCAAAAAAAGCCGCAGGAUAGCUCCUUGUGUUCAAGUUGUCUCACGCCCCCGAUUGAAUCGAAUCCAUCCAGGUCCAGAGUCGAGGUUGCAAGAAUCAAGCGCAGAUAUUCCUCAAUAAACCAGCUACAAUGGGUCUUGAAGUCGUGGCCUAUGUCUUGUCUGGCCUGACCGCCUCUGGCGGGAUGAUGGGCUAUGUGAAGAGCGGAUCACUGCCCUCCAUGAUCGCGGGCUGCUCAGUCGGUCUUCUGUAUGGCCUUGGAGCGUACAGGCUCCAGAACAGACAGCCGUACGGUGUUGAGCUGGCGCUCCUCGCAUCAGUUGUGCUCGGAGGCGCCUCUAUCCCCCGCGCCAUCCGCCUGAAGAAGCCUGUGCCCAUGGCGCUGAGUCUCCUUUCGACGUUCGGAGCCAUCACCUUCGGCAACGCUCUCCGCCAGAAAGCGUAGGGCAGUCCUCUCUUUGGCAAGCCUCGAUAUCAUGCUACCUGCAUCACGGCUAUGUAGGUCGGCGUGACGCUGCUAGUGGUUGGGCCCGGUAUCCUCUGCGAUCAUAGGAUUUAUGGAGGAGUGUCCGUCAUGUACAAGAGCCACGCCCGCUUCUUUCGCCUUGUGUUUAUGGUGUACAAUUAUAAUACACGGCUGGGCAGUGCGACGACUUUUCUUGAGAUGAAGUUCAUCGCCAUGAUGCGAAUGCCGGGACGCCCGCGGGUCUCACGUAGAUAGGUGUUGCGACGGGCAUCUCGGGAUAGCGGUGAUUGACCCAGGGUGUUUUCGCUGUCGUA